AUAUUAUUUGGGGACAAAAUCCCUUCUUUUACCCUCGGCGUAUUAUGUAGAUUGUAGUGUUUUCUUCCCUUAAGUAUCUCUCUCCCUCUCGGCGAUCUCCCCAAAGCCCCGCGCUGCAUCGUUCCCUCCGCCUCCGGCGACGGCUGCUGCACCGAACACCGGUUGGUCGUGGUGGCCUCUACCAGUGAACGGCGGGUUAGGGUUUUCCUUCCCGAUCCUUGAUUAUUCCUUUGCAAUCGUCUUCUUCUCCUUCUAUCUGUCUUCCUUCGCUGACGUUGCUCUGCAGUGUCCUACAUCCUCGUUUUCAUCAACCAAAGAGCAUCGUUUCCUCCUAUUUCUUACCUUUUUCUUGGUACCAAUGGCCCAAAUCGCGCGUGUUUCUAUCCAUUGCGUCCUAUAGUUAACUGGUUUGCGCAAGCUGAAGCCUGUGAGAUUUUCAGUGACGCUAAAGUUGAACAAUGGCCCGCGGACAAUCUCAAAAAGACGAAGACACUAGCAGCUCGAGCAGCAGGGGUGCUGCUGGCAAGAAAAAGGAAGACAUUAGGAAUGCUAGCCCUAGAAGCAAGGUUUUGGGUGGGAGAGCGAAGGACAGCAGGACUACGGCGACCACGAGUUCUGCAGAAACGGAGUCUUUCACUUUGAUAAGGUCUUCUAUGGAGACACCCACGAAGAAAGUGAGCAUGUCGUCCCAAUUAGAACAGCUUGAGAAGCAAAACAUGUCGACCCCUUUAAAGAAAAGGAGAUCAGAAAGUCAAGUCCAGAAAGGCCCUCAAAACCCGCUAAGAAGGUCAGAUAGAAUCGAGAAGUUCUAUGCCUCAAGUUUGGGUGGGAAAGCGAAGGACAGCAGGAGUAUGGCUGCCUCGAGCUCUGCAGAAACGGAGUCUUACAUUUUGAGAAGGUCUUCUAUGGAGACACCCACGAAGAAAGUGAGCAUGUCGUCCAAAUCAGAACAGCUUGAGAAGCAAAACAUGUCAGCCCCUUUGCAGAAAAGGAGAUCAGAAAGCAAAGUCCAUAAAGGGCCUCAAAACCCACUAAGAAGGUCAGAUAGAAUCGAGAAGUUAUGUGCGUCAAGUCCCUUGGAGAAGGAGAAGAAAGCGAAUGAUGUGAAGAAUGGCAAAAGGAAAUCAAUUCUUGGCACCACAGAGGAGACCAAGACUAACAAGCUUGAUAGUGGCAGUACCCUAUCGGCUAAAAAGACAAAGAGAAUGGAUGCCCGAACCUAUAGAGCUUUAUUUACACCAGUGGUAAAGAAAGCUAAAAUUUCAGAAACAUUGCAUUACUGUGAUUCAAGGGCUGCUGAUUCUGCAGCAGCGCUAGAGGGUGGAGAUGAGUGCACUCGAAGAAAGUUUGAUGAGCCUGGGGAGAGUUUUGAGCAGCGCACGAAGUGUUCCGAACUUCGAAGGGUGCAAGACAUGCAAGCUAAGGAACUAUGCUCAUGUAUUGCGAAAAGGAGCCAUGAUUCAUCCUUCGCUUUUUCUGAGGAAGCUCAUGAUAAAAUUGCUUCGGAUAAACAUGAGAAUGCUGCUAGUUGUUUGGAAGAGUAUAAAGGAAAUUCUGUAUCAGAAGCUAAAAGCCAACUAGCUGGAGCAGAAAAGCCCAAUUGUUCUGUAGCUUCAGCCUGUACAAUUAGUGUAAAGAUGUCUAUGGAAGAGAAUAAGGCGAGAUCAGUGGACUGUGAUUUCAUGGAUAUAUCAAAGCAACUUGUUGGCUCAAAUAUUUUGGAGUCCUUCGUUGAAAUUCAAAAGGAUGGUGGUCCCACUACAUGUGUUGUCUGCAGACGCCCAGAAACAGAUUUGUCCUGUGAUGGAAAGGGUUGCAACAGAAGCUACCAUCUUUCUUGUCUUGAUCCACCCCUGCAAGAUACUCCUCCUGGUGUUUGGUUGUGCAUUUUUUGCAUAAAAAGGAAAAUAGAGUUUGGUGUAUACUCCGUGUCUGAAGGAAUUGACUCCAUUUGGAAUAUUAAAGAGGGAUUGCAGAUUGGCAAGCAUUACCUUGUCAAGUAUAAGGGUCUUGCUCAUGUCCAUAAUCAGUGGAUUUCAGAAAUCCAGAUGCUUCAAGAAGCUCCUACAGUUUUGUCUAAAUUCAGUAUGAAAUAUCAGAUAGAGAGGGCUAUAAGAUGGAAGCAGGAGUGGACUGAGCCUCAUCGUCUAUUGCAGAAAAGAUUGCUGAUGCCUCAAAAACUGGCUGAUGAGUUCUUCAGUAGGCUUGGUAAUAACUUUCAAAAAUGCUAUUAUGAGUGGCUUGUGAAAUGGAAGGGUCUUGGUUACGAGGAUGCUACGUGGGAGUUUGAGACUUCACCAUUUUUGUGUACAUGUGAGGCUAUGGCACUCAUGAAAGAUUAUGAAGCUCGUAUCGAAGCAAAGGCAGCAUUUGUUUCUUCCAAUGCUGACAAGGCUCUAGAGUUCAGGAGUAAUCGUUAUAUUAAAUUGACAAGGUUCCCUGAUGGUUUUCCUCCUGGACUCGAUAAUGAUCAUCUGAUUUCUAUCAACAGGCUUCGUGAGUUUUGGCAUAGGAACCAGAAUACUGUUUUCUUGGAUGAUCAGGAGCGAGUUAUUAAAUCCAUCUUAUUCAUAUUGUCCUUGCUAUCUUAUGCAUGUCGACCUUUUCUCAUCAUCUCACCUUCUACUUCUCUUCCAUUAUGGGAGGCUGAAUUUAAUCGCUUGGCACCUUCCAUUAAUCUUGUUGUCUAUAAUGCAAGCAAGGAUGUCCGGAAGAUGAUUCGAACUCUAGAGUUUCAUCAGGAAUGUGGUCCCAUAAUGUUUCAAGUGCUUUUGUCAUGUCCUGAUGCUAUUGUUGAGGAUUUUGGAACACUAGAAUGCAUUGCCUGGGAAGCUCUCUUUGUUGAUCAGUGCCAAAAUUCGAUACAUUUGGAACUGUUUAAGCGUCUCUCAACUGAUUUCAGGCUACUUCUUUUAAGUGGUCAGUUGAAGGAUAACAUUGCUGAAUACCUCAACCUGCUCUCAUUCCUUGAUUCAGGGAUUGAUGGAAAUUCAGCAUGCACUGUGGAAUCUGAUGCCAUUGGUGCUGCUGGUACACUUGCUUUAUUGAAAGAGAAACUGUCACAUUAUGUUGCAUAUGACCGUAAACCAGAUUCCUCGAAGUUUUUGGAGUACUGGGUUCCUGUUUGCCUUUCCAAUGUGCAGCUUGAACAAUAUUGUGCGACUCUGAUUUCAAACUCCAUACUUCUUCGUUCAUGUUCAAAUUUUGAUCUUGUUGGAGUUCUUGGUGACAUUCUUAUAUCAGCCAGAAAGUGCUGUGACCAUCCUUACCUUGUUGAUGAACAUUUGCCAAGCUCACUUACCAGAGGUCUCCCAGUGACUGAAUAUUUAGAUAUUUUAGUAAAUGCAAGUGGCAAGCUGCUUGUACUUGACAAGAUUCUCCAGACGAUUCGGAAUCAAGGAUUGCGAGUUCUGAUUUUUUUUCAGUCAUUUGGCAGAGCUGGAAAGUUCUCAAUUGGUGAUAUUUUGGAUGACUUUCUUCAUCAGAGAUUUGGUGCUGAUUCGUAUGAGCAUGUUAAACGUGGAAUAGCCAUGUCAAGAAGACUAGCUGCAUUGAAAAUUUUCAAUGAUAAGGCAACAGGAAGAUUUGUCUUUUUAAUUGAAAAUCAUGCAUGCUUACCAAGCAUCAAACUUUCAUCUGUUGAUGCUAUUAUUAUUUAUAAUAGUGAUUGGAAUCCAUUGAAUGACCUACGGGCACUUCAGAGGAUAACUGUAAAAUCACAGCACAAUUCUCUGCUUGUCUUCCGUCUAUAUUCAUCCUUUACACUGGAGGAAAGACUUCUAAUGUUUGCAAAGGAGAACAUGAAACUUGACAGUGAUAUAGAAAACAUAAACCCCAGUGUCUGUCAUUCUUUGCUUGGUUGGGGUGCUUCGAAUCUCUUUCAUCAACUAGAAGAGUUUCAUCAAACUGAUUGCUCAGAGAAUCAGUCUCAAUGUUCCUAUGAUAAAAUGAUUCUUAAUGAUAUGCUGGAAAUAUUAACUAAGUUUCCAUGUGUUCCUACCAAAUAUUCGAUUGUGAUAAAGGCCCAGCAGAGUGGAGCUUCUUAUUCAAGAAAAAUUAUUUUGGCUGGUGAGGAAGGAGGAUCCUGGUUGGACAAAGAUCCACAUAGUUUCUGGUCAAAUUUACUGGAAGGAAGGUGUCCGCAAUGGCGAUAUAUUUCUGAGCCAUCUCAUAGUCAUAGGAGAUGUGGAAAGGUUCGGAAUUGGGACGAAUCUACAUUGUCAUCUGAACCAGAAAAUGAUGUAGGAAAAAAAAAGCUGAAGAAGGCAGUUAGCAGUAAUACUGUUGAUCCAAUCUCUCUCAAAAGUUGGUUCCAAGGAAAAAGAGAAGCUGAAGGCAAUAAUAAGUUGUUGUCUGGAAAUCCAGAUGGAUCUUCUCAUAUUUCCAUUACUAAAGGAGCUUUUGUUCCAUUCCAGUUGGAGACUGAGGCACAAUUUAAUAGUCAAGGAAAUGCUGUAUCACAAGUGUCUUUAAUGUCUGAAGGUACUAAAGAUAUAAACAGGCGUCAUGAGAUUGACUGGGAAGGGAGAGAAAGCUUACGGACUGCACAGAGGAAUCUUCAUCUUAUAUUGAAGCCAGAGUUAUCAAAACUAUGUGAGAUAUUAAAACUUCCGGUGAAUGUCAGUGAUGUGGCUCAAGUGUUUCUCGACUACAUAAUGAAUAAUCAUCAUGUUAGUCCCGAACCAGAAAUGAUAUUGCAGGCCUUCAAGAUAUCACUGUGUUGGCGAGCUGCUUCUUUCUUAAAUCAGAAGAUUGAUCACAGAGAAUCACUCACACUUGCAAAGAAGUACUUGAACUACACAUGCAAUGAAGAGCAGGCUUCUAAUGUUUAUUCUAAAUUGCGAAGGCUAAAGAAGAUUUUUUUAGGUCAAAAUAACAUUUUCAUGAGGAAAAAUGAGCCCAAUACAUCAGAACCAGGGCGGUCAGUAUCUGGUAUAGAUCUUACUGGAGAACCUUCUUGUGAGACAACUCCAAAUUCCGCAGAAUCUAAUCUUCAUGAUAUUGAGAAAGGUGAACUUCAAGAGAGUUCCCAAAGUCAUUGUGCUUUUGAACAACCAAUGUUUCUGGGGCAGGUUCCUGUUCUUGGAACUCCUGCAAAUCUGCACGAGGACCUUGGGUCUCUGAAGGACAAACUUCUAAAGAAACGAAUUGAUUUGAUUAACAAAGUUUGUUCAAGAAGGGAAGAAGAUCUCUCUCUCAGGCAACAGCAAGAAAUUACAGACUUUAAUAUGCACAAGGAAAAGUUGGAAUUGAAUCUGAAGAAGGCACAUGAGAAAGACUUAGAACUUAUUAAUGAUUUGGUUAUGGAUUCAGCUGAUAAAAAUGACAAGAUUAGAUUGCUUAAAGAAGAGUUUAUGAAAAAAAUGACUGGACUUGAGAAGCAAAUGGAUUGCCAGUAUAAAAAACUUAAAGACAUGCAGUUAUUUGCAAGGGACAAAGAGCAACAGAUAAAGAAUCAUUGGAUAGAAGAAGCUAAGACUGGCAAACUAAUAGAGUCUUUUGAUAGCAUUCCUUUGUCUGAUUCUGGAUUCAGGUUGGAGGAACUCAAAUUAGCGAACCAGGAUGAAGCUCAUGAUGGUUUGCGAAACAGAAUAUAUGACUCCAGGGAAUCUGGGCCUUUUCAAAAUAAGCAAACUGGUGAGCUGAUCACUGUGGCUGACUUGGUAACAAGUGGGUUGAAUUCGAAAACCUCUGAAGGGCCGACAGUUUUUCCUCCUGAAGGAUCUGGAUGCCUGCCAAAUCAAAUCGAUUCGUUGGUUUCUCAGUCCAAUGUCAUGUAUGUAACUGAAACUGAAUCUGAACCAAGAGAGACACCUUUGGAAGUUCCAUCAACUCUUCCACCUUCAAAGACAGUUGACUUGACCAUAGGAACUGAAUCUGAGUCUCUUCCUUCUGAGGCACCUGUCAUGAACUCAGUGAUCAUUGAGGCUGAAUCUCUUCCUUCUGAAUCCAGGGAAUCUGGGCCUCUUCAAAAUAAGCAAACUGGUGAGCUAAUCACUGUGGCUGACUUGGUAACAAGUGGUUUGAAUUCUAAAACCUCUGAUGGGCUUACAGUUUUUCCUCCUGAAGGAUCUGGAUGCCUGCCCAAUCAAAUUGAUUCAUUGGUUUCUCAGUCCAAUGUUAUGUAUGUAACUGAAACUGAAUCUGAACCAAGAGAGACACCUUUGGAAGUUCCAUCAACUCUACCACCGUCAAAGAUUGUUGACUUGACCAUAGGAACUGAAUAUCUUCCUUCUGAGGCACCUGUCAUGAACUCAGUGAUUACCGAGGCUGAAUCUCUUCCUUCUGACUCCAGGGAAUCUGGGCCUCUUCAAAAUAAGCAAACUGGUGAGCUAAUCACUGUGGCUGACUUGGUAACAAGUUGUUUGAAUUCUAAAACCUCUGAAGGGCCGACAGUUUUUCCUCCUGAACGAUCUGGAUGCCUGCCCAAUCAAAUCAAUUCAUUGGUUUCUCAGUCGAAUGUUAUGUAUGUAACUGAAACGGAAUUUGAACCAAGAGUGACACCUUUGGAAGUUCCAUCAACUCUUCCACCUUCAAAGACAGUUGACUUGACCAUAGGAACUGAAUCUCUUCCUUCUGAGGCACUUGUCAUGAACCCAGUGAUCAUUGAGGCUGAUGACAUACCUAUCAACUCUAGCACACCAGCAACUGUUGAAACUGAGAAGCAGAGAGGUGCAGAAAAUUCUGAUAUUUUAUGCUCGAGUUUUUGUCCAUUGGGAAGCAUUGAAGAAGGUAGAAGUAUGAAUGACGGUGAGGAUGCAAGCUUCAAUACUGCCCUCUUGCAAAAUCAGGCAGACUGUCAUACUGGUUUUCAGAAUGAUGGUUCACCAUGUCAGGCACCACAUUUUAGUCGGCAUGAGAGGCUUGAAAACUCUGCUGGUUUAGAGGUCCAAGGCAGUGGCUCUCUCCAAGAAACUCCAAAUUUGGCUGAUUUUGGCACCGUUGAUCUUACCAAUCAUAACAUGACUGUCUCAAAUUCUUCUCACGAUCCAUUGCCUGUAUGUACCGUCGUGCCCUUGGUAUCACACGUUCAAGAAAGCAUAGCUGCAUCUGGAACUGAAGAAGAGCUUUCUGAUCAGAUACAGCAUUUAUCCCAUCAAAAUGAUAUGCCAAUGCAGGAACCAAUUGUAUUGUCAUCUGAACUGGUUGGGCAGGCUAAUCCUCAUCCUCUUGUAUCCCAGUUUGUUGAUCAUUCAUUUUUACCAAAUUCAGAUACAAGAUCACAAAGAAGCAUCAUUGAAGAGCCAAGAAGCACUUCUCAGCCAGAAUCAGUUCACUACCCUCUCUUUCCACUUGCACAGUUGAUGCCAACGCAAGGGCUUCAACCUGAACCAUUGAAAAAUGAACUGACUAGCAUACGGAUGCAUCAGGAUAAAAUUACUAAGAUGCAUGAUGAUAGGAAAUUGCGUCUUAAAUAUGAGUGUGAUCAAGAGUUGGAGAAGGUCAGGAGAAAGUAUGAUAUGUUACUUCAAGAUGCAGAGUCAGAGUUUCUUUGUAGCAAGGAGGUUCUUGAGACCAUUUACAACAAAGUUUCCAUGAAUCAGGUUUUAGCUGAAGAAUUUAGAGCCAAAUUUAUUGAAAAUAAGGGAGGAACUUCAUCUUCUAGAGGUCACCAAACAUUGCAGCAGUUACUUCAGUCAUCCCAACCUCAGUUUAUCCAGAGAUCUGUGUCAGCAUCAACUUCCACGCCUAUGCCACUCCCAGCUACCCCACCACCAGCUGCAGCCCCAUCCUCGCUCGCAUCAGUCAGACUCCAAACUCCAAUGAUCCCUUCUAGUCAGACCCCAGGAUCGCUUGCAUCAGUCAGACUCCAAACUCCACUGAUCCCUUAUGGUCAGGCCCCAAGCUCGCUUGCAUCAGUCAGACUCCAAGCUCCACCGAUCCCUUAUGGUCAGGUCCCAAGCUCGCUUGCGUCAGUCAGACUCCAAGCUCCACCGAUCCCUUAUGGUCAGGUCCCAGGCUCGCUUGCGUCAGUCAGACUCCAAGCUCCACUGAUCCCUUCUGGUCAGGCAGCCCGCUGGACAUCUUCAGUCUACCCAAGUAAUUCAGCUAGAGCUCACUUAUGCCCAAUGGUUCCCCCACAGCCAAACCUUCAAAUCAGAAGUGAAACCCGUGCGCCUGCUCCACAUCUCCAACGAUUUAGAGCUAACACAUCCAUGACCAGUCAUCAGCAGCCCCAUGCCGAUGUACUUUCGGCCACCAUGGGACAAGUUGCGCCUAUGCCUACUGCACAGCCAUGCACGGAUCCCCAUUUUGGACAGUCACACAUUUCCAACACUGUAUCAGUUUGUCAGGAUGCCUCCCCAUUUUAUUCUGAGUUGCCCAUGGGUGUUGGGAACUCCAUAGGAGGUGUUAACCGGUCUAUCUCUCAGUUUACUGAUUUGGUUUCAUCAUUUGAUAGUUGGCUUGCAACCAAACCUACAUCGACAGCUCCUGCAUUCUCUCAGCCUUGUGUUGAGCCAUGUGGUGUUGUCGAUGUGCCCCCUUCUAACUCGGAUGUAGUUUGCAUAUCAGAUGAUGAUUGAUCAUUUUGUAGAUGAGCAUAUUUUAGUUUGUCACUGUAACUAACACAACCUCAGAUAUGUUGGGCCUGAAGCGAAGACAUGAGCCUGAAGUGAUAUCUUACAGGUAGCAACCUUGCUGUGAGGGGUUGCUGCUGGUAAAUAUUUUACCUCAGCCUCUUUUAUUGUAUUCCAUCAUAGAAUUGGAGAACACGAUCAAUUUUUUGUCGUGGCUCCGUCUAAUCCCGGAGUCAGCUGACCAUUCUGGUCAGAAUGUUUGUAGUCCCUAAACAGCAAUGCUAAGAUAUUUAUUUUUUUAUAUAUAUUUUCUUGUACAAGUUUAUACAAACUUUUGUAGUCAGCCUCCAUUGUGGAGCUUUUGUGAAUUCAGACAAAACUUGGUGCAUGCUAAUUGUUAACAAUUUAGCUUAAGAAAAUGUUAAUAUUA